AUGCAGAGGCUCCCCAAUCUCGCCCCAGCUCCCUCUAAGCCCGAACCCCCGGCACCAUCACAGCCUCAAUCAAAGACCGUACGCCCGCGGGCAGCCCGGGCCUCAUCGUCCCGCAAGUACGCGACGAACCAUGCUUGUGUGCCGUGCCGUAAGACGAAGACCAAGUGUGAUGGGAGACAUCCCUGCGCGAGGUGUGAGCUCAGCAGCAAUGUCUGCACCUACGAUAACAAGGUGUUGUCGGGGGAGACGCUGAAUAGAUUGACCAAUGCCGUGAAUGAGCAGAAGGGGAGGCUGAAUCAGCUUGAGACUAUACUCGCGGCUAUGAGGAAUGGUACGGAUUCUGAAGCUGCUGAGGUUAUGUCUUGGAUAAGGAUAGGUGAAUCUGUUGAUGCCAUUGUUUCUUACAUUGAGUCAAGGUCUCGGGCUGUUGUUGUGCCUCAGAGAGCAGAAUGGCUCGACGGCACCACCUUUGAAGCCGACGGCAUGAACAUCGACCUGGGUUCCCGUACAAAGAGCUACUUCUCCUCCUACCACUUCGGCAACCUCCCCUUCUCCAGCGGUAUAAAGGCAAACCACUAUCCCGCCGUCGCCCAGCAAAGCCAGCUGCAAAACUACUACGCCAAGCAUAACUGGGCAAUGAUGACCGCCAACGACGGACACGGCGUUGAUUCUGUGACGAAGGCUUGGGCAGAUACGCUCAAGAAGGCGAGGCAGCUGGUUAUAGAGGGAGCGAAGCCUGAUGAUCUGACGGGGACGUUUCCGUGUGUGGCGGCGCUAUUUGAUAAGGAUGAGUAUGAGACUGCGCCGAUGAUAAGUAAAUGGGCUGUUCAGUUCAUUUAUAGUGCGAGGAGGCAGGAUUACUCGUUUACGUCCAUGGCGGCGGUGUGGGUUGUUUGGGUUGUGAUGAGAUGGCAGAUCAAUCCGACUCCGCAGACAUACGCUGACCUCCCUGACUGGAUCCGACCAACAGAACUCCAAGUGUUCGUCCCUCACAUCGACAUGCUGGAUUGUAUAUCAUGGCCGUACUUCCGAGACUACGUAAUCCAACAUCCCGAAAUGCAACACGGCGAGUUGCAAUGGCUUGCAGCGUGUACUUCUGGAGUACAAGUGAACUGGCGCGGCACAAUUGAGGACGCGCUCUGUAUUGAUGGCCCGACGGGACGGAAGCGGUUCACAGCAGAAGCUGAGGCGACGAUUAGAGAUCUGCAGGAAUGGUCACUUGCUGCAUCGUAUCGCGCCUUCAUGCCUGGAAUCGAUGGGCAGAUUCCUAUCAGAACGGCAGAAGACGCUGGGGCUAAACAGGUGUAA